AUGAGUUCCUCCUUCUGCCAGCACGUCUUUUCCCUCGACCUUGCCCAUAAUGAUGACUUGAAGAAGUCAGUACCGUUCGUGUCGAAGCACAUGUCCCAAGUAAUUUAUCUUCUUCUUUUUAAUGCUCAAAUCGAAGAAGCCAACGUUAUUAUAGUGGACUGGUCGCAAUAUUCACUGCAAAGUUAUGAGAACGCUGUCAAAGCAGUUCCCAGUGUUGGUACCUACUUAGCAGAUAUGAUUCAAGCCCUUCUGACAGCUAACGUUACAACCCUGGAGCAGGUUCAUUUAGUCGGCUUUGAUCUUGGGGCACAUGUGGUGGGAUAUGCUGGGAGAACACUGAACGGCGAAGUUGCGAGAAUCACUGGCUUAGAUCCAGUACGAAGAAGCUGGGGAGAGAACACCCCCCGCCUGAACAUAGAGGAUGCGAAAUACGUAGAGGUCAUUCAUACCGACACUGGUGGUGUAUUCCCCAAUGGGAUUGGAACUCCUUUGGGCCACGCUGACUUUUAUCCUAAUGGUGGAGGGAGCCAGCCUGGCUGUCUUCUCCAUAGGCCGUGUUGUCAUAAUCGCGCCUGGGAAUAUUUCGCGGCCUCUAUCACACACGGCCAUUUACAAGGAAACCAAUGUUCGUCAUUACUCCAAAUGAACUUGAACAGAUGUCGUGGUUUUCUUCACCCAAUGGGCAACAACGGUUUGUCAAAACUUGGAAGCGGAAUUUAUCGUCUAAAUACUAAAGGAACGUAUCCUUAUUUAUUGACUUGGUUUUAAUUCGACUAAGCUCCAUCACUCUUCUCAAAUAAUGUUACGAUAAAACAACUAUUAAGAUAAGAUAUUAAGAUUUGUAAAAUAUUAGCUAUUAUUUUA